AUGAGGAGCCUAAAGCGUAGUCUGGGUGACAGCACCGCCAACAUAUCUUCCAAAGUCUUCAUACGAUCUCUGAAAAGUGGUCGUGUACAGAAAGUGGUACGGGAGCAGUAUCUACGCAAAGACAUUUCCUGCUCUUCGCAGCUAUGUUCGUCUUGCGCUGCAAAUGCUGCAGCGGAUGCCAGUGGCAAUGUCCCUAAACCUGUUCUUUCGCGGUCACCUACGAAAACGAAAACAUUCCCUGAUGGCCACUACACUGUGCCUGACACAAAUAUUCUGCUUACAGGCAUAGAUUUACUCGAACACAGCGACGCGUUCUACGAUGUAAUUGUUCUUCAGACUGUCCUCGAAGAGUUGCGCAAUCGAUCCCUGCCUAUCUACAACCGUGUUAUGAGUUUAGUGAGAAGCGAAGAGAAGAGGUUCUAUCUAUUUUUCAACGAGUUUCGGGCCGAGACCAAUGUACUGAGAGGAGAAGGAGAAACCGUGAACGACAGGAAUGAUCGGGCAAUCAGGAAAAGUGCGGAGUGGUACGCAACUCAUCUAAAAACGAUGGCUAAGAAGAGUACGCCCGCUAUCGUAAUUAUUACCAACGAUGCCGAGAACAGAAGAAAGGCCAAGGCUGAGGGAUUGCAAGUGUACUCUCUGAAGGAGUAUAUCAGUGGUCUCGAUAAUGCAGAGCAUCUGCUAGAUCUGAUCCCUGAGAGCCAGCACAGAGCACCACAAGGGGAGCUCAUCUACCCAGAAUACUACACCCAAUCACGUGUACAGACCGGCUUGAAGCAAAGCACUCUGCACCAGGGUGUUUUCCAUGUUUCUCAGUAUAACUAUCUGGAGGGUACGGUCAAGGUACCAGCCUUUAACAAGCCACUCCUUAUCCUCGGUCGAGAAAGCAGUAACCGAUCAGUCUCCGGUGAUGUGGUCGUUGUCGAAGUUCUGCCUAAAGACCAGUGGAAGCAGCCCUCGUCGAAGAUCAUUGACGAAGACGUUAUGAACAGGAAUGAGGGCGCUGAUGAUGAAGACUCUCCUCAAGAUAUCGUAACGGAGGCAGAACGCGCGGCUCUGCAGAAUGAGGUGAAGAAAGCUCAUCAGUCCGGUGCUGAUCGUGCCCAGCCCACUGCUAAAGUCGUAGGUGUCAUGAGACGAAGCUGGCGGCAAUAUGUUGGUACUGUGGACGCUGGAUCCGGCACUGGCAAUCGUCAGCAAACCGUCUUCUUAGUACCGAUGGACAGGAAGAUACCGAAGAUUCGGAUGCGAACCAGGCAGGUGGAUGAAUUGGUUGGCAAAAGAGUUGUGGCUACGAUCGAUGCGUGGGAUCGUGACAGUCGAUACCCAUCUGGCCACUUCUUGAGGUCUCUGGGCGAACUUGAAACAAAAGAGGCCGAGACCGAAGCGUUGCUGCUGGAAUAUGAUGUUCAGUACAGACCUUUUCCCAAAGCUGUACUUGACUGUCUUCCAUCUGAGGGUCACGACUGGAAAGUACCUCAAGACAAAUCAGAUCCUGGUUGGAAAGGCAGGCAAGAUCUGCGUGAACUCCUGGUUUGCUCGAUCGAUCCUCCUGGAUGUCAAGACAUUGAUGAUGCUCUACAUGCUCGACAAUUACCAAAUGGGAACUUUGAGGUUGGCGUACAUAUCGCCGAUGUGUCACAUUUUGUUCGUCCCAACAAUCCUAUGGACGCUGAAGCGACAGCUCGUGGCACUACCGUCUACCUGGUCGACAAACGUAUCGACAUGCUACCAAUGCUACUGGGUACCGACUUGUGCUCCCUGAAGCCCAAUGUUGAACGUUAUGCCUUUUCGACUAUCUGGGAGCUAACUCCUGAGGCGGAGAUAGUGAAUGCAAACUUCACUAAGUCUGUGAUCUAUUCUCGCGAAGGUUUCUCCUACGAGAAAGCCCAAAAGCGUAUUGACGACACUGCGGCUCAGGAUGAUCUUACACAAGGCAUGCGCCAUCUGCUCCGACUUUCAAAGCUGCUUCGUGCAAAGCGUAUGGCAGCUGGAGCUCUCAAUCUCUCGAGUCCAGAAGUGCGUAUCGAAUCAUCAGAGAUGGCAGGCGACGAAACGGCUGAUCCUCUCGCGGACGUCAAGACAAAGGCCAGUCUUGAGACAAACAGCCUGGUCGAAGAAUUCAUGUUGCUUGCCAACAUUACGGUCGCAACCAAGAUCCAGUCUGUGUUUCCUCAAACAGCACUUCUCAGACGGCAUGCGACGCCUCCAGCCUCCAAUUUCGCUGAACUUAGUGAUCAACUCAAGCGUAUGCGUGGGUUCGAGCUCGACGUCUCUUCGUCAAGAGCACUAGCCGACAGUCUCGACAAAUGUGUGGACUCAGCACAUCCUUUCUUUAACACGCUCAUCCGUAUCCUUGCCACACGUUGCAUGACAAGUGCCGAGUAUUUCUGCAGUGGUUCACACGCUGAACCGGAGUUUCGUCAUUAUGGAUUGGCAUCGGAAAUCUACACACAUUUCACUUCUCCCAUCCGUCGAUAUGCUGACUUGCUUGUACAUCGCCAACUAGCAUAUGCUAUCAGCUACGAAGGUCAGGGCUCUGAAACUGUCGACGAAGGUCUCCGAAACAAGAACAAGUUGGAAAAUGUCUGCCGCAAUCUCAACUUCCGACAUCGUAAUGCACAGCAUGCUGGACGAGCCAGCAUUGAGUAUUAUGUAGGACAAGCACUAAAGCAGCGCCAAGUGAAAGUGGGUGGCGAGGGCGUUAUCGAAGACGGCUAUGUCAUGCGAGUAUUCGAAAAUGGUAUCGUCGUGUUUGUGCCGAAGUUCGGUAUUGAAGGUAUUGUGCGACUUGAGGACUUCGAACUGAGUCCGAAAAAGCAGACAGGUAAAGAUGCAAAGAGCCAAAAGGAUGGAGACUUGGAGAGAAAGGAAAGCGAAUUCCAACCAGAGAAUUAUGCACUGACAGUCUUUGAGAAAUCGAAGAAGGACUUGAACAGCCAGACGUUUGAGCUUUUCCAGCAACUAAAGGUACGUGUGAGCUCGGAGGAGAAGGGUGGUGCUCGUGAAAAAGGGAAAAGACGCGUCAGAAUGGUGGUCCUUGCCUAA